AUUCCACGCCAACUUCGAUUCCUACCUACCGAAUAGGACAACAUAGUUGCGCGUUGAAUCGCCGAGAGAAGAACCGGCUUCUCACUUUCAGACACGUGCUACCAACGCGAAGCAUUUAACAAUAAGACUUUUGGCGAACAAUAAAAAAUUCCAGAUCAAGAAUAAUGCCUGCCGACUCCGAGUUAAAUUCAGUGCUGAUGAGGCGACAAGAAAUCAACAACGCAUUAGACAAUGGGGAUAGUGUUAAAGUAACAUAUAGGGUUGUCAAUGUUUACACAGAGUUCCAUGAGUUUACCAGAAAAGAGAUCAAACAGUAUGAGGCUGUUUUUAAGAGGUUCAAUACCAACAAAGACAACUUCCUCAGUUUGACAGAACUCAAACGAAUGAUGGAAGUUCUUGGUGCACCCCAAACUCAUCUAGGUCUCAAAACCAUGAUCAAGGAAGUUGAUGAAGACGGUGAUGGUCGAUUGUCCUUCAGGGAGUUCUUAUUGGUUUACAGAAAGGCCAAGGCAGGCGAGCUGGAUGAGGACUCUGGUUUGGGACAGUUGGCUAAACUGACUGAAAUAGAUGUUGAUAAAGUUGGGGUCAAUGGAGCCAAAAAUUUCUUUGAAGCUAAGAUUGAAGAACAGAAGAAACUCAGCAAGUUCGAGAGUGAAAUCAGGGAAGAACAAGAAGAAAGAAAACGUUUAGAAGAUGAAAAGGCACUCAGGAGGCAACAAUUCUUAGAGAAAGCAGCAAUGUUCAAGUGAACUGAGAUAAUUUUAAUGCUUGUUAAUAUUUAUACAUAUUUUAUUUCGAAUUAAGUUUAGACUGACUUAUUCUUAGAUCGCAAAUUACACAAAAAUACACAAUGCAUGCAUAUGUUGCCUUUGCACACAUCAUAAUAUUUGUGGAUUUUAUUGAAUUUUGUUGAGACAGCACAGCAAGUGAAUCAUAAUAGAUUUAUUGUAUUUUUUUAUUGACUUUGUAUAUAAGAUAGAUUAUAGAUGAGUGUACAAAUUACUAGAAUUUAACUAACUUUAGGCAGAUUUGAAUUUUCAAUACAGAUUAUAUGUUACACUUGAUGAAUUAUUUGUUUAAUUUUACAGUUUCUUUGAAACAUAGGUAUAUAUAGGUACCUCCCAUUUUUCCACUUCAAGAUUUUUAUAAUUGUGUUUAUUUUUCGAUAAGAAGUUUUGUGUAAUCUGUUCCUUUGAUAAAAAAUAUAUUCAG